AAUUGACGUGGGUUUGGUGAUUAUUUUGAGUCGGGGACGAAAGGUACUAGUGUAGGACUCUCUCCUUCCCCGCCCGUUUUCUUCUCCGCACGUUCUCUCUGCACUGUCCAUUCGUUCGUCCGGCGAUUCCACACCAGCACUGGCGACCUCCGUCCCAGGGAAAGAAACGCCGACCACUGUCCCUCUCACUUCCUUCCCUUCCAGCCAGCGUGCGCGAGCCGCGAGCUAGUCCGACGAGGAGCGGCGGCGAAUCCCUUCUCUCCGAUCCAAGUUUUAAUUUCUUCGAUUAUCGAGGACUGUUGGUAUUGGAGGGCGGAAGCACAUGGAAAUUACACAGUGAAGAGUGCUUACAGGAGGCUAUGCGGGGAAGCAUCGCAGUUAGAGAGUUUCGGCUAGUGGAAUCGACUUUGGGGACUGCCCAUCAUACCCAGGGUAAAAAAUUGUGUGUGGAGGUGCUUAAGGGGUGUUUUACUUACGGCGGUAGCUCUUAGAGCCAAGGGGGUUGCUAUUGAGCCUAACUGCCGCAUCUGUGGGGCACCGGAAGAAUCAGUGGAGCAUGUUUUCCUUUUCUGCCCUUUUGCUCAGGCUACUUGGAGACUCCUACACAGAGAGAUCGACACAGGUAUGCACGAGAACUUUAAUAAUUGCUUGGCGGCUGUUUUUGGAUCGGCGUCGGCUGUCGGUGGGGCAGUGAUGGCUGCGGGUAUUUGGGCUAUCUGGAAAGCCCGAAAUCAGGCCUGCUGGGAACUCAAGGUGGUCAGGCCGGAGGUUGCUGCUGAUUGGGCACGAGAAGUAUGCGUGGCUAGGACAAGUCGUGACGUACAUGGUGGCACGAUGGUGACGUCGGAGGGGUCGGGGCUUCAGCAGUUGAACCGGCCGGAUCUCCUGCGCUACUUUGUUGAUGCGGCCAUGUUUGAACAGGAUGGUUCUACAUCAGUGGCAGAAGCCCUUCUUGAUGGGGCAGGCACGUUCAUCGGGGGCUUCAACAAGCUUGUCACCUGUCCCUUUGUACCGAGUUUUAUUCUGGUUGUCUCAAAGUGGCUCCCACUUUGCUCUCUGUUAAUCCGUAUAUUCCAGCUUGAGGGUGGUAUUGGCGUGACAAAUACAAAAGGGAAAAGGAGAAACUUUAUGAGCAAUGACCGUCACUGAUUGAAGGGCCCUGUUCAGAUUCGGAGUAUUGAUUGUGUCCAGUGUCGUAUUCCACUCGAGCGUCUUUAAUAUUUUCUGGAGCUCCUUGGUGAAGAGGGUGACCUAUAUAGCAUCUCUACUGUCACUUAUCUCAGCCGCCACUCUGAAUCUGCUAAGAUUUGCAGGGAGAAUGUGUGUACAUAAGAUAUAAAUUAAAGUAUUUGUGAAGUUCGUAUGGCAGAAACAUUUGAUAGGAACUUAAAAGAUGGUGAUUAAAGAAAUGUGUAUAAAACCU